AUGGAUAAUCUCGCUGCCAUCUUCGAGAAUCCGCUCAAACAACGAUCAAAAGAGGAGCUUCUAAAGGAUGUUGCCGAAUUCUGUCGAAUGCAUGAUCUCAACGAUCAUCUCGACGAUUUCCGUAAGGGUGCCUUGGCUGCCCAGAAUCCGGAAUCCAUCCAUCUUUUGGAGGAACUCACUCCCGAGGAUAAAAACAUUAUUGAACGAGAGCAGACACACCGUUGGUCUCAUCCGUUCAUGCUCUACUGGCUUUGCUGCAUGUGCUCCAUGGCUGCCGCGGUGCAGGGAAUGGACGAAACGGUCAACAAUGGUGCCCAAGCGUUGUAUCUAGCCGACCUAGACAUUGCAGGCCCCAACGUCACUCGAUUCUCCAAAUCUAUGCAAGAUAAUAUCACUGGCCUAGUGGUCGGUGCUCCGUAUCUUUGCUGCGCCAUACUUGGCUGCUGGCUGACUGAGCCUCUGAACAAAGUCCUUGGGCGGAGAGGAACCAUCUUCCUUUCUUGCUUCAUUGCUGCAGUUGCCUCUAUUUGGGAGGGCGUUGCCAAUUCUUGGGUGAACCUGUUCCUCGCUCGAUUUGUACUUGGCCUCGGUAUUGGCCCUAAGUCGUCGACUGUUCCCGUUUACGCCGCUGAAUGUAGCCCUGCGCCAAUCCGAGGUGCCUUGGUUAUGCAAUGGCAGAUGUGGACUGCCUUUGGUAUCAUGCUCGGCAACGUAAUGGGUGUUGCGUUUGGUCCAUCAACUGGCAUCAAGCCCUCUCUCGGCUGGCGUCUCAUGCUCGGCAGCACCGUAGUCUUACCUCUAAUCGUCUGUGCUCAGGUCUACUUUUGUCCCGAAUCUCCUCGUUGGUAUAUUCAGCAUCGCAAGGUUAAAAAGGCUUUCAGAUCAUUUCAGCGCCUCCGAUAUUCCGAUAUUCAAGCUGCUCGUGAUACAUAUUAUACCUAUGUUGGAGUUGAGCUCGAACGCGAAGCAAAUAGGGGUAAAAACCUCUUCACUCAGUUUGUCGAACUUUUUACCGUCCCAAGGAACCGUCGCGCUACAUGGGCCACAUGGAUUCUCAUGUUUGGACAACAAUUCUGUGGAGUAAAUAUCAUUGCUUACUACAGUACGACCAUCUUCAUCGAGUCCGGCUACUCCACCAACUCGGCUUUACUUGCAUCUAUGGGCACUGGCAUUCUCAACUUCGUAUUUGCUAUUCCCGCAGUUUUUACCAUUGACAGAUGGGGUCGUCGAAACCUUUUGCUCUUUACGUUUCCUUUCCUAUGCCUCUUCUUGCUGUGGACUGGCAUGUCGUUUUUCAUCCCAGAUGAUGGCAAUAAUAACAAGAAGAGAGUCGGUAUGGUUACAACGGGCAUGUAUCUCUUCGAAGUCUUUUAUUCCCCAGGUGAAGGUCCGGUGCCAUUCACAUACUCGGCAGAGGCAUUUCCAGUCCAUGUCCGUGAUGUGGGCAUGUCAUGGGCUACUGCGACCACUUGGUGCUUCAACUUCAUUUUAUCAUUCACUUGGCCAUCCAUCUCAAGGGCGUUCACCGUCCAGGGCGCAUUCGGGUGGUACGCAGGUUGGUGUGCUGUCCUCUGGGUCCUCAUCUUACUGUUUGUGCCUGAGACCAAGGCGCUCACUCUUGAGGAGCUGGACCAGGUGUUUGGAGUAAGCACUCGCAGACACAUGAGCUACCAGAUGAAGAAUGCCUUGUGGCACUUUAGAGUUUGGGUACUGCGUCAGAAAUUGGAGCCUCUGCCUCCCUUCUACCGCCGUGUCGAAAAGCUCAACCAUAAGUAG